CGGCUGGCGGCGAAGGCGACGGCGUCGGAACUAGGUGGAAGACUCGACCCAGAGCUGCUCAACAGUUCGCAAAAGUCCGGGCUCUGCGGCGCGUGGCUCCGGGUGCGCCCAGGCGGCGCUGGGGCGCGGGGACCCCGGGCUGCUGCAUGGUGGGCGGCCCGGGACAUGCCCCGCACCCCACGCCGGACGCCCCCGUGGCUCCUCUGGCUGCGACUGCUCCGGACUCUGGGACUAGAUCGACCGACGCCCUAACUAAUGACUUUGGGGUCCCCCAGCCUUAGAGGAAUGAGCAGCUCGGCUGGGGGAGCCCCGGGCAUGGUGUGACGGGGCGGGCGGCGUGGCUGCGUCCCCACUGCGGCCACGCGUGGUCCCCGCGUCUUCCGUCAUGUAGCUACUGUCCCCGCUCCUCUCGGCCUCCAACCGCAGUCUCCGAGACCUCCGGCCUCCAGCAACCAACUCUUUGUCCCCUAGGAUCCCCGCGGUCUUCGCGUCCUUAGGAUUGCAACAGCCGUCUCUUCGUCCUCCGGAUUCCAGUUUCUCCACCACCCACCCCGCCCGCUGCCUUCGUGCCCCUGGGACACCAGCCGCGGUCCCUGCUGUCUCCCCAGGAUCCAGCCACCUCUCCUGAGCACCCCCCCCAACCCACCCUGCAGCCGUCGUCUCCGCUCUCCGGCCGGUCUAGACUGCGGUCUCAGUCUCCGCGUCCUCCCCAAGCCGUGACCUCGGCGCCCCGGGGAAUCCAGCUGUCGCGCCGCUGGCCGCAGGUGCAGCAGCCGCCCCGCGCCGCGCGCCCCGAGUGCGGCCGGGCUUCGGCGGGGAGAUGAACGGGCAGCUGGACGGUCUGUCGGUGAGCUCGUCCUCCACCGGCUCGCUGGGGUCGGCGGCCGCGGCGGGAGGCGGCGGGGGCGCAGGGCUGCGGCUGCUGUCUGCCAACGUGCGCCAGUUGCACCAGGCGCUCACGGCGCUGCUGAGCGAGCCCGAGCGGGAGCAGUUCACUCAUUGCCUCAACGCGUACCACGCGCGCCGCAACGUCUUCGACCUGGUGCGCACCCUGCGCGUCCUGCUGGACAGCCCGGUCAAGCGACGUCUGCUGCCCAUGCUGCGACUGGUCAUCCCGCGCUCCGACCAGCUGCUCUUCGACCAGUACACUGCCGAGGGUCUCUACCUGCCAGCCACCACCCCCUAUAGGCAGCCUGCCUGGGCCGCUCCCGACGGCGCGGAGCCCGGGGAGGUGCGGCUCGUGAGCCUGCGGCGCGCCAAGGCCCACGAGGGCUUGGGCUUCAGCAUACGUGGGGGCUCGGAACACGGUGUGGGCAUCUACGUGUCACUAGUGGAGCCGGGCUCCCUGGCUGAGAAGGAAGGGUUGCGGGUCGGGGACCAGAUUCUGCGCGUCAACGAUAAAUCUCUAUCCCGCGUGACCCACGCGGAGGCUGUCAAGGCUCUCAAGGGCUCCAAGAAGCUAGUGCUGUCUGUGUACUCAGCUGGGCGUAUCCCUGGGGGCUAUGUCACCAACCACAUCUACACCUGGGUGGACCCACAGGGUCGCAGCACCUCUCCUCCCUCCAGCCUGCCCCAGCCACAUGGCAGCGCCCUGAGACAACAUGAGAAUGACCGAAGGAGUGCCCUACACCUCCUUCAGGAAGGAGAUGAGAAAAAGGUGAACCUGGUGCUGGGGGACGGCCGGUCCCUGGGCCUCACAAUCCGAGGUGGAGCUGAGUACGGCCUUGGCAUUUACAUCACUGGCGUGGACCCGGGCUCAGAAGCAGAAAUCAGUGGGCUCAAGGUUGGGGACCAGAUUCUGGAGGUGAAUGGGCGGAGCUUUCUCAGCAUCUUGCAUGACGAGGCGGUGAAGCUGCUCAAGUCAUCACGGCACCUCAUCCUGACGGUGAAGGACGUUGGAAGGCUGCCCCACGCACGUACCACCGUGGACCAGACCAAGUGGAUUGCCAGUUCCCGGAUUGGGGAAAGCACCACCAGCUCAGCAGGGUUUCCAGGGGACCUCAGAGAGGAAGGAACAAACAAGCCAGGAUUUUACAAAGGCCCAGCUGGCUCCCAGGUGACCCUGAGCAGCCUGGGGAAUCAGACACGUGCACUUCUGGAUGACCAAGCUCGACAUCUGCUGACGGAGCCGGAGCGUGCCACCAUGAUGUACUACCUGGACCAGUACCGUGGUGGUGCCAUCUCUGUGGAGGCCCUGGUCAUGGCACUGUUUGAAUUGCUCAACACACAUGCCAAGUUCUCUCUCCUGUCUGAGGUGAGGAGCAUCAUCUUGCCCCAAGACCUGGACCUCUUUGACCACCUGGUGCUGAGGCGAGAGAUAGAGUCCAUGAAGGCCCGGCAGCCCCCAGGCCCUGGUGCUGGAGACACCUACUCCAUGGUAUCCUACAGUGACACGGGUUCAUCCACAGGCAGCCAUGGCACCUCCACAACUGUCAGCUCAGCCAGGGAGCGGCUGCUGUGGCUUAUAGACCUGAUGGAGAACACGUUAGACCUGGAGGGAAACGGCGAGACCACCCAAGGCAGCGCUAACACCCUGCCGGAUGUGUCUGUGGACGAUGUCAACCCCCCCUCAGAAGAUCUGUCUGGCAUCAAGCCACCUCCUCCCCCACCACCAUUAGCUCAAGAUCACGACCACCGACUUGACCAAACACAGAAGCCGGGAAGGGAGGACCCUACACCUCUGUCUUCUGCUGGCCGCUCAGGCAUUGUCUUCUCAGCACCGCAGAAUCGAAGCCCACCACUGGGCCCUGCACCCUCCCUGGGGCCCUCCUCAGCACAGGACUCACCCACCUCUCCCAUUUAUGCUUCCAUCUCCCAUGCCAACCCCAGGUCUAGGAAGCCGCUGGACACCCACCUGGCCCUGGUUAACCAGCAUCCCAUUGGCCCCUUCCCUCGGGUCCAGUCCCCACCGCACCUGAAGAGCCCUCCUGCAGAGACCCAAGGGGCGGGGGCCUGCCUCCCGUCAUCAUCGUCCUCUGAUCACCCUGCCCCUGUGGGCGCAAACCAGCACUUUGUCUUGGUGGAGGUGCACCGUCCGGAUAGCGAGCCUGACGUGAAUGAAGUCCGGGCUCUGCCCCAGACACGCACAACCUCCACUCUCUCUCAGCUCUCAGACAGUGGGCAGACUCUAAGUGAGGACAGUGGCGUGGAUGCUGGGGAGACAGAGGCCAGCACCUCAGGCCGAGGCAGACAGGCAGCAGCCACUAGGAGCAAGAGUGGCAAGGAACUGCCCCGGACGGAGAGGACCACAGAGGGUGCCAAUAAACCCCCUGGCCUCCUGGAGCCAACAUCCACUCUAGUCCGUGUGAGGAAAAGUGCAGCCACUCUGGGCAUCGCCAUUGAGGGUGGUGCCAACACACGCCAGCCUCUGCCCAGGAUUGUCACGAUUCAGCGAGGAGGUUCUGCCCAUAACUGUGGGCAGCUGAAGGUGGGCCACGUGAUUCUGGAAGUGAACGGGCUGGCACUGCGGGGUAAGGAGCACAGAGAGGCGGCCCGCAUCAUCGCCGAGGCCUUCAAGACCAAGGAGAGAGACUAUAUUGACUUUCUGGUCACCGAGUUCAACGUGAUGCUCUAGGGAUGGAGCAAGACCAGGACUGUAGGACAGGGUCACAGGCAGACUCUCCAUCUCACCCUGACACACAUCCCCUGCCUGGUCCCCUGGCCAGACAAGGCAGGCAGAGAGUCAGGUCAGAAUCUGUGUGCCAGAAACACAGUAGGGGCUCAAAACUGUUAGGGACGGAUAGGGUGCUGCCACCCCUAAGCACCUAGGCCUUGGCUGUGAGGUCACGGGAGAGGUCACAGACUGCUUCCUGCCGGGGGACCUUCAGUGCCACAGUGAGCCGCCAGCACGCCUGUUCACACCAGUAGCACCCCCUCCUCCUAGCUCAGUGUCCUUAUGGUAUUUAUUCAUCUCUUUCCCUUCCUGCGCUUCAGGCGACCCCAAGCCCCAAAUUCCCUUUGCACCCCCAGCCUAUCCUGGAGGCCUUGCAGGCGACCAACAAUGUCGGUGUAUUUAUAUACAGAGCUUAUGACUUUAAUUUUUCAAUAAAGAAAUCUGAACAAGGCUGGG